AUGGCUCUUUCUCUAGGGUUGGGCAGUGGAGUAAUAUUUUUCCUCACCAACAAAACGAGUCAAAAGAGCAUUCGUGUAGCUGGAUUACAAUCACAGAGAUUACGAAGGUCGACCCUCACAUCCAUCACUUUUUGGUUGUUUGUUAGGAUCGGAGGUUGGAUUUACUUCUCAAUCACUCAUUUGAUCGAGAAUAUAUACCGGUAGGAAUAGAAAAAAGGUAUCAAAAUGUUCCUGGUGGACUGGUUUUAUGGAGUGCUUGCAUCACUGGGCUUGUGGCAGAAGGAGGCCAAAAUUCUCUUCUUAGGGCUCGAUAACGCCGGAAAAACUACUCUCCUUCAUAUGCUUAAAGACGAGAGAUUGGUGCAACACCAGCCAACUCAGUAUCCGACUUCCGAGGAGCUAAGUAUCGGGAAAAUCAAGUUCAAGGCAUUUGAUUUGGGAGGCCAUCAGAUUGCUCGUAGAGUUUGGAAGGAUUAUUAUGCCAAGGUGGAUGCAGUUGUUUACUUAGUGGAUGCUUAUGACAAGGAGAGGUUUGCCGAGUCAAAGAAGGAGCUGGAUGCUUUGCUCUCCGAUGAGUCAUUGGCUACUGUUCCAUUCUUGAUUUUGGGCAACAAGAUCGAUAUCCCUUAUGCUGCCCCCGAAGACGAGCUGCGUUACCACUUGGGUUUGACUGGCAUCACUACUGGCAAGGGAAAAGUGAACCUGGCUGACUCAAAUGUCCGACCAAUUGAGGUCUUUAUGUGCAGCAUUGUUCGCAAAAUGGGUUAUGGAGAUGGUUUCAAGUGGGUUUCCCAAUACAUCAAGUAAAGUGCUAUACACAGAUCAAUACAUAUUUAUGUUUCUGGGUUUGGAUCUUAUGUUUUAGUGGAAUUGAGUUUCAAAUAUUGUUUGUUUCCAUAUAUAUAUAUCUUGUUCCAAUCCUUAAUAUAACUAUGUCCCUAUUGAUGUUUCA